AUGGCUUCUUCUCUUAGGGCUGAAGACAGGUUGGAAGGUUCUACGAAUUACACCUCUUGGAAGGUUCGUAUGAUGAUGGCAUUAAAUGAUCUUGCUGAGUAUGUCAGCAAGGAUGCUAAAGAACCUACCGAUGAAAAGGAAAAGGAAGAAUGGCAGAAGAAGGACUUUCAAGCUCGAAGGUUGAUCAUUGAUUCCGUCAAAGAUCAUAUUGUGUCAUCUAUCUCCAAGAUGAAGUCCGCUAGAGAGAUGUUCAGCACAUUGGAGAAGAUGUACGAAGUCAACAACACUAGCCGCAUUCUUGCCUUGAGGAAUCAGCUCACUCACAUCAGAUUGGAGAAAGGGGAAUCCAUCACCUCCUACUUCAUGAGGAUGACUGAUCUAAAGGAUCAACUCUCAGCAGUUGAGAAAGAAGUUGAAGAUAACGAUCUUACCUUGACUACCCUAAAUGGUCUUCCUCCAGCUUGGGAACCAUUCAUUCAAGGAAUCAGUGUUAGGAUCGAGCUUCCCAAGUUUGAACGAUUGAGGGCAGAUUGCAUCCAAGAAGAAUCUCGGCUGGCUGCCAAGGGAGCAAUUAGAAGCUCUCAUGGAGGAGAUCAUCACAUGCUUGCAGCCCAAUCAAUCAAGAAGAAAGGUGGGAAUUGGAAGAAAGGCAACAUCAAAAGGAAUAGAGAUUUCAGACCUUCUACAAGUCAUGAUUCAAGGAAGAAGCCAAGAGAUCUCUCACGUAUUCGGAUGUGA